UCAGUGGUAGAGUGAUGAACUUUAAGAUUGGUGUGAGGGAAGCAUGGGUUCGAACCCCACUCGGAACUUACAAAAAUUCAAAGAGCAUCCACUGCAUCAUCAUGUGUGCUUAAAAAUGUGUAGUUAAAAGCACAACACGAUGAUGGAGCUGCCCAGGGGAGGAGCAGGAGAGGUGAGUGCGCAGCACCUUCCCUGCCUUACCCAGGGGAGCAGGGGAGGUGAGUGCGCAGCACCUCCCUAGGCUUCCCACCAUUUGUCCCACCCGGUCAGGGGUUUGACUCACGUAAUUGCAAUAACCACUAAUUUGACUCUUUCAGCAGGAGGACCAGCAACACCAGCAGCAACACCAGCUGCAGCAGAAACACAAGGAGCAGCAGCAACACCAGGAGCAGCAUGAACAGCAGAAGCAGCAGGUGAGUGCAUAACACCUCCCUACCUUUCCCAUACUUAUCCCAUCCUUGUCUCACCCACAUGCAGGAACAUCAAGAGCAGCAGGUAAAGCAGGAGCACCAGGAACAACAAGAACACCAGGAGCAGCAAGAACAUCAGAAGCAGCAGAAAUAUCAGGAGCAGCAGGAACAUCAGGAGCAGCAGGCGCAGCAGGAACAUCAAGAGCAGCAGGAGCAGCAAGAACAGCAGGAGCAGCAAGAACAUCAGGAGCAACAGGAGCAGCAAGAACAUCAGGAGCAGCAGGCGCAGCAGGUGAGUGCACAACACAUCCCCUUCUCAUACUCAUCCCAUCCUUGUCUCACCCCUAUGCAGGAACAUCAAGAGCAGCAAGAACAGCAGGAGCAGCAAGAACAUCAGGAGCAACAGGAGCAGCAAGAACAUCAGGAGCAGCAGAAAUAUCAGGAGGAGCAGGAACAUCAGGAGCAGCAGGAGCAGCAGGAACAUCAAGAGCAGCAGCAAGAACAUCAGGAGCAGCAGGAACAUCAGGAGCAACAGGAGCAGCAAGAACAUCAGGAGCAGCAGGCGCAGCAGGUGAGUGCACAACACAUCCCCUUCUCAUACUCAUCCCAUCCUUGUCUCACCCCUAUGCAGGAACAUCAAGAGCAGCAGGAGCAGCAAGAACAGCAGGAGCAGCAAGAACAUCAGGAGCAACAGGAGCAGCAAGAACAUCAGGAGCAGCAGAAAUAUCAGGAGGAGCAGGAACAUCAGGAGCAGCAGGAGCAGCAGGUGAGUGCACAACACAUCCCUACACUUCCCAUACUCAUCCCAUCCUUGUCUCACCCCUAUGCAGGAACAUCAAGAGCAGCAGCAAGAACAUCAGGAGCAGCAGGAACAUCAGGAGCAGCAGGAGCAGCAAGAACAUCAGGAGCAGCAGGAACAUCAAUCAGGAGCAGCAGGAACAUCAAUCAGGAGCAGCAGGAACAUCAGGAGCAGCAGGUAAGUGCACAACACAUCCCUACCCUUCCCAUACUCAUCCCAUCCUUGUCUCACCCCUAUCAGGAACAUCAAGAGCAGCAGGAGCAGCAAGAACAGCAGGAGCAGCAAGAACAUCAGGAGCAGCAGGGAACAUCAGGAGCAGCAGGAGCAGCAAGAACAUCAGGAGCAGCAGGUACAGCAGGAGCAGCAGGAACAUCAGGAGCAGCAGGUACAGCAGGAGCAGCAGGAACAUCAGGAGCAGCAGGUACAGCAGGAGCAGCAGGAACAUCAGGAGCAGCAGGUACAGCAGGAGCAGCAGGAACAUCAGGAGCAGCAGGUACAGCAGGAGCAGCAGGAACAUCAGGAGCAGCAGAACCAGCCGGAGCAGCAGGUGAGUGAACUCCCAUGUCUCUCAUCCACAGCAGGUACAGCAGGCGCAGCACGAAGAGCAGAUGCAGCAGCAAGAGCAGUCCUACUCAGAGCAGGUACGGCAGAAGCAGCAGAAGCAGCAGGUACGGAAGAAGGUACAG